GUGUGUUUGUCAAAGGCUACAACAAAACAGUGUACUGUUGGGGGUACUGACUUAUAACAACUGACUCUGUAGUGUGUUAUCAAGUUAAUGCAGAAAGACCUGCUUUUCUAGGCACUGCCCUCCAAAUAGUAGAUUGAUGCACACAAAGGAAUGAUUCUCUUCUAUUGUGAGUGGAGAAAGAGGUAGUGUAUGAGGUAAACUGUGCUUUGUGACAAGACAAAUCUCCAGAGAAGUUCAGACAGGAGAAUAGUUGUACAUCUGUGAUGGCAAAGCCUCCACCUCUGGUGCCCCGCCCCAGGAACAUCUGUAUGAGCACGCCUGAGGAAAGUGAGCCCCAGAGGAGAUGGCGCUACGGUCCCUCCUCUCCCUCAGACACAUCCGGCCCAGCGGUUGGUGGUGGCAGGCCUCCACCUCCAGUGCCCCACCCCAGGAACAUCUAUAUGGGCAAGUCUGAGGAGAGUGUGCCCCAGAGGAGAUGGAGCUAUGGUCCCUCCUCUCCCUCACACACAUCCGGUCCAGGGGUUGAUAGAGGCAGGAACCCAGGCACGGCACAGAAGCCGCCCCCUGAGGCCCAGAAUAAGUGGUCGGUGAGAAGGAGUCCUCCACAAGAAGAAGGUGGUUGUGACCCUCAUGAUGGGGGGGGGAGUGUGUCUGAAUUCAUUAAGAAGCCUCCACCUCCAGUGCCCCACCCCAGGAACAUCUGUAUGAGCACGCCUGAGGAAAGUGAGCCCCAGAGGAGAUGGCGCUACGGUCCCUCCUCUCCCUCAGACACAUCCGGCCCAGCGGUUGGUGGUGGCAGGAACCCAGGCACGGCACAGAAGCCGCCCCCUGAGGCCCAGAAUAAGUGGUCGGUGAGAAGGAGUCCUCCACAAGAAGAAGGUGGUUGUGACCCUCAUGAUGGGGGGGGGAGUGUGUCUGAAUUCAUUAAGAAGUUUGACGCUAAAGAGGACCAGAACAAGCAACUGGUGGUGCGUCCUCCUCCUGGCCCGCCCGUUGUCGUUGACAGAGAGUACUCCAAUCCCCCUCUCUAUGAAAAUGUUUUGGAUAUGCAGGAAACUCGUAAGUUUGGGUCACCUGCUGUCGUUGACAGAGAGUCCUCCAAUCCCCCUCUCUAUGAAGAGGUUUUUGCUACGCAGGAAACUUGUACGGUCGCAGUUCAACGACAGAUAUGUGCAACCUAUGCUGGCCGUGUAAGGCAACCUACUCCAUUGCCGUUCAAAUUAAAGCAGCCACUCCCUCUGCAAGGCAGAAUUAAAACACUCUCAAUAAGCAGCAUUAGUGAAGAGGAAAAAGAUGAACAAGAAGAUAACAUCAUCAAGGAUGCAGAUCGUCUGAUGGAAUGGUGGGAGAAGGUGAAAAGUGAACCAUGGAAAGACCUGGCAAAUGACCCUAAACUGGCCAAGAAGGGAGAAGCAAAACUGUUCAAAGUGAAAGCCCAGCGGAUCCAGAAUGCGUUGCAGCUGUACAACUUCCUCCUGACUAAGCAUGGGGAGACUCUAAAGAACCACAUCAUUGACCUCAUCAGCAUCGCAGACAACUUAGACAAGGUUUCCAAGGGAACCAAGAUCGCUGGCAUCACCGGGGGCGCCACGGGGGCGGUUGGAGGGGUGGCGGCUGUGGCAGGGGUGAUCCUCGCCCCCUUCACCCUAGGGGCAUCACUGGCCUUGACAGUGGUCGGAGUCGGUGUAGCUGCAGCUGGAGGGGUCACAGGGGCCUCUGCGGCUAUCGCUAACAAAGUGAGCAGUGCACAGGACAGGAAGAAGAUUGAGCUGAUCCUCCAGGACUACCGGGCCCUGAUAGGCAACAUUGAAGCCUGCUUGAGGUUCAUCAACGUGGGCAUGGAGCACCUGAGGAAGCACAACCUCUCAACCCUCCAGGGGGUUGACACAGAGGCUGUCAGAGUGGCCAGCGUGGCCAUAGUGACAGGAGUGGGUAGCUCCAGUGCCAUAGAGGCCAGCAGUAAGGCAUCGGGGAUGCUCCAAGGCUUCGCUCUGGGCAUGGAUAUCUAUUUUACCCAGAAGAAGGAUGGCAAAGGUGGCCAGAAGCUGAAGAAGGGAUUGGAGUCCAAGUUUGGGAAAAAGAUCCGCGAAGUGGCUCAGCAGCUGAAAGAAGGGCUGGAUGAAGUGUUCAAGGUCAAAUAUGAGCUACUUGAAAAGAAUCUCAUCCUCUGAAGAGGGGGAGGAGUUCUGUUCUGUUUUCUAUUCUGUUCUAUUCUCGGUUCUAUCCUAUCCUGAUCCAAGACCAGCUUGACCGCUGAGCUCUCGCUCUGUUUCCUAUCCUAUAUUUUACUGUAUGUUCAGGUCUUCUGCAAUUAAGUAGGCAUGAUGAGGGGAUUGAUUGUGAAUCGUGAUCAUCAUGUGUGACAUGUUAUAACAGCCCUCUUGAUGGCUAACUUUGACAAAUGCUCUGUGUAAAUAUGCUAAUAGAAUUUCAGUUACUACUGAUCUAAUUUGGGGCAUAAACAAGUGACUGUUUCAAAUUACAUAUUUUCUAUAAACUGAGUGUACAAAACAUUCAGAACACCUGCUCUUUCCAUGUCAGACUAUCCAGGUGAA